AGUAGUUGUCGGUGGUUUCAGCGACAGUUCCCGCUCGACUUUCAAACAGGGAUAGUCAUGUCGACGGAAGACGACCAAAAGUCUUCUCCUCUGCACGGUUUCUCCUUUCGAAACAAAUCAAAGGACAAUAACAUCGUUGAAGUGAACUCGUUGGUUCCUUUUUUUUCUACGUAAAUAGUUGGAAUAUAAAGCAAACGUCACCUACUGAAAAAGUUUUCCGCCGUCCUUCUUGAAAUAAAAAUAAAAAAGAAGAAAAAUAGCAAACAAUAUAAAGAGAAAAUCACACUUUGCCAGUGUAACGUUGCUUUUGUCUGUACAUUUGCAAGUGUGUCUCGGUAUAAUAAUACCAACUAUAGUACGAAUAAGCAAAUGCGGAUUUAAUAUGAAUAAAACUAUGCCUGAGGUGAUUUCCGUACAAUUUUCACCGACAACGACGACGACGUCCUUUUAACAUUACGAAAGGGGAUCGUUCUCCAUCCCUAAAUCCAGGAUCAAUACCAACGUGUAUUGUGUUUUACCGUUUGGAUUUUUAUACCGGCCUUGUUCGAGAAGGUUGACAGCGAAUGUGCUUACCUUGCUACAAAAGGAUUAUAUUCACGAUUGGAGUGGAUCAGAUGAAGACUGCGCGUUACCGAUGAUAGUCCAAGUACAGAAAACGCUGACUGAUAAUACAACGAAACAAAGCCGAUCAUCGCCUUAUAAAGCGUAAGAGAAAAGCUCUGCUUCGUGUCACUUCGGUGUUUGAUUGUGAUUUCAUGGAUACAGUGACGCGGUACGGUUUAAAUCGAUCACACGUACGUUUCGAGUAAUACAAAGUCCCAAAACAAGAAGAAGCACAAAGCUGACGAUGAUGAACUGGUAAAUGCAACGGUAGAUACUCCGAUUUUAACCACUGAUAACAAACAACGAAUGAUCGUCAAUGAACUGCGAACAGUGUGACAUUGUAGAAGUUUGCCGAAGUGCGGGAAGUGUGAAAUAUCCCGACGGUGUGUUUUAUAAUAGCUGAUUAACAGUAAUCGGGCAAAGAGAAUACCAUUCGAUUCCAAGUUCAUCCUCGUACAUGUCGGAGAAAUUAUUAGGACAAUUCAAGAAACGACAGUGGCGAAGUUGGUGAAGAAUAUCAUUAAGAGGAGGCGAAAGUUCGUCGAAAGAUGAUAAGGUCCGAGCCGAGGUGGCCAUCUUACGCCUUCGUAUUCGCUGCUGCUGGAUUUUUGUUACUACAUUUUCGUCAAACCGCGGUCAAUGCUGCUCCAGCCGCAACACAUUUGCAUCCUGCAGCAGCUGCUCCUCCCGCUGACCAAUGCGACUGGGUCGGAAGUGGAGGCGGGGGUCGAGGAGUCCGUCCAGUUUAUCUUCGAUGUUCGAGAGGCGCGGUGUCCUGGCGCUAUCCGCGAGGAGCGCUUCGCAUAGUGUUGCAAGGUGGCGGAGGCCGAAGUUUCCGGGGUUGCGUGAAAGUCUCGGGACCGGCGCGAGUCUACCUGGAGGCGAAGGGCACCCUGAGGCCUGUCUACAACCCGAGUGACGGAAAGCACGAGGCUUUGCACCGUUGUUUCCAUUCCCGAGGACCGGUGGCCGCCCUCUACGUCGAGGCCGACGAGCCGCCUACCGUCGGACGAACCCGGGUGAAGCUCCAGUACGACCUCGAGUUCUCCCACCUCGUCGACGACGAGGGAGAGUGCAGACCCUGCUCGAAGGAGGAACUAUCCGAGGCGUAUUGCCAGAGCGACCUCGUCGCCAGGGGGACCGUCAGGGCCGUCGAAAAACGACCCGAAAUCGACGCCGCCGAGCUCGUUCUCAGGGUGACAAAGAUGCUCCGACGCGUCGACGAAUUAGCCGACGACAACGAAGUGGACACCGGUGACAUUUAUCGCAAGGAGGUCCGAAUACGAGUCCCUAGUUUGUGCGACGCGCGUCAUGGCGAAGGAGAAUUUGUGAUAAUGGCAAAGAAAAGGCUGGGAGAUCUGACCUUGGUUUGUGCACCGAGGUUGGAAGCCUGGGCAGAGGCAGUCAGAGAGCUGCAGUCCGCUCCUUGCGUGUUAAAGAGCUAAUAUCCACGGUAUAUUUUUAAUAUGGACGAAUAAUUUUGCGAAUAUGGUGAAUUUUUGUGUAGUUGGUACUGUACGUAACAAGCAUACCAUCGAUAUAAAAGAUGAGAGACUCGAUUUAUUUAAAACUAUUUCGCGGUUCGUGUUAUAUUAUAUAAUCAGGCGAAUUGUGCCUGUAAUAAUAUGUGAUUCUUAAUCUGCGAUUACGCAUAUGUUUAGAUAUCAGUGAUCAGGAUUAUACAGUUUUGAAUUGAUAAAGUGAUCUACUAUUUUUAUUUUAAAUAUAAUGCGUGUAAUGUAUCGAUGUAAAAAGUAUAGGAAAAUGAAAAAACGACUAUAGAGAAAAAACAAAUAGUGUACAUAGAUUUAUGUAUAUGUAUGUAUGUGUAUUGUAUAUUGGGUUGUACAUACCACGAUUGUACUUUGUUGUAUUAAGCGAUCGAUCUCUGAACUGUGAUAUUAUUGUAUUAUUAGAGGUUUAUCAAAACGAACAAAAAAAAAACAGAAAACAACGGAUAAAGUAAAUCUAUAUCAGUUUUAUUUAAUGUGUAAAAACAACGAAUAAAAAACUAAAUUGUUC